GCACAUGCAUUGAUUUGCAAGCCAAAAAUUUCCCACAUUAAUUUUCCCGCAUUCCCCCCACGCUUACGCCCUCCUUUUCCCUUUAACUUUUCCCACAUAAAAAAAAGGUUGAACCUUUUGAACCCGCCCACAGCACAAAUCAACAAACAAACCACAGUGAACAAGAACGCGUCAAAGAAAGAAAAUUACCACCAAAUGCAUAUCGCUCAAGAAUCAUUCAACACUUUCCCUUUCAUCUUCAAGUACCAGAUGCGCCUCGGCCGUAACACUAGCCUCCUCCGAACCUCCAUCUCUGAGAGCCGUUGCGAUCCCCAGCGCCGACGCGGUUGCAGCUCGCCUUGAAUCUCUGACAGGCAGUCCGAUUCUAAUCCGGGCUGCCCCGCGAAAGUGACAGGGUAUCACUUGUCUUUAUUGGUCUCUAUUCUCUCAGAUCCUCCUUGAGGAUCGGUGAAUUGAAGCCUUCCCGUUUCCCCGUGGGAAAAAAACGAGGCCAAGACCUUGAAUCCCGAAUUUAACCCCGGCGCUAUCCACCGCUUCCAAGAUGAUACCCGCCGCUACUCCCGCGCACCCAGUCGUGCGUGGGUUCCAGACAAACACUCAGUCUGUUUCUUGCGACGAGGAUUCGGAGCAUGGCGUCCGGGCCACCAAGUCCAACGGGACCGCGACCACGUCGACGCUACCUCCGAGGACCCCACAGCGGGGACGGCAACCUCGCACUCCGGUCAUCAACGACAUUGUCAGCGCCAACUGCAGCCCGGUCCUCAAGGCCGUCCCCUCGCCCGGCAUGAGCGGCAUCGCCAUGUUGCGCUCAAAGAUGGAGCCGCUCAGCCUCGACAUCACGGCUACCCCGUCGAGGGCGAGCUCCAUGUCCCGCAGCAACAGUCGUAUAACCUCGCCGUUUCCUUUCCCCAUGGGACCGCCUCCUGUCGCUGCUCCCAUGAGCAGGCGCACCAGCAUCCUUAGCAAUGUCACCAGCCGAGCCCAGAGCCGUGAGCGUCCUGGCAGCAGCCGUGGUAGCACCAGCGGUGACGACACGGCGUCCGUGGCAACCACCAGCUACGAGAUCGAUUUCGUUGACGAUUUUUGCAGUGCGGAGACGUCUGAGGAAGUUGUCAAGGCUUUCGCGGAGCCAAAGGCUGGCUCUCCUCUCUAUAGCGACGGCGUUGAGGGAGGUCUGGUCAAAGAACAGCGUGGAAAGAUCACGGCAGACGAGUUUGAGCAAGUUCGCUGCCUCGGCAAGGGUGCCUACGGCACGGUUAUUCUGGUCAAACAGCGCAGCACUGGUCGUCUAUUUGCCCAGAAGCAACUCAAGAAGGCUUCUUUGACCGUGUCCAAGAAGUAUGUACAGCAGGCCAAGACUGAGCGCCAGGUGCUGGAGACCGUCAACCGCCACCCCUUCGUAGUCAAGCUGUUUUACGCCUUCCAGGACCACGAGAAGCUGUACCUCAUUCUCGAGUACGGCCAAGGUGGCGAGCUUUUCCAUCAUCUUGAUACGGAGAAGCUCUUCAGCGAAGACGUGGCGGCCUUUUACAUGGGCGAGAUGGUGCUCGCGCUGUUCCAUCUGCAUCAGGACCUAGGCGUCGUCUACCGGGAUCUCAAGCCCGAGAACUGCCUGCUCGACGCUGAGGGCCACCUCUUGCUUACCGACUUUGGUCUCUCCAAGGUUGCAGUGGAUGAGGACGACCACUGCAAUUCGUUCCUCGGCACAAUCGAGUACAUGGCACCUGAGAUCAUUCUCGGAAAGAAGUACAGCAAGGCAGUCGACUGGUGGGCGCUGGGAGCUCUUGGACACGAUCUCAUGACAGGCAACCCGCCAUUCCGUGGAGCCAACCACGCCAAGAUCCAGGAUAACAUCGUCAAGCAGAAGCUGAUGCUGCCGUAUUUCAUGUCGUCAGACGCCAAGGAUUUGCUCACACGUCUGCUGCGCAAGGACCCUGCCAAGCGCCUGGGCAGUCAGAUGCCCAAGGAUCUGAACCUGAUCAAGAAGCACCGCUUCUUCCGCAAGAUCGAUUGGGUCAAGCUCUCCAAGCGUGAGAUGGAGCCGCCCAUCCGCCCACUCAUCACGGAUCCCGAGCUCGCCGAGAACUUUGCACCCGAGUUCACCGAGUUGUCGCUGUCCCCUGUUGUCACCACCAAGGAGCCCGGAUCUUGGGGCGGAGACAGAGUGGCUGUCCCGUCAACGGAGGCGCUCUCGCCUGACUCAGCCAGCCGCCCUGGCGCGAUCCCCUUCACUACCGCGAAGGCGACGACUUCUCCCGAAGAUCCCUUUGGAGGUUUCAGCUACAUGGCCCCGAGCAGUCUGUUGGAGAGGAGCGGGUUCUUGACCGCCGCGCACUAGGAUGACUUGACGUGCGAACGCGAGCUGGAUUGGACGUGACCAUGCGAGGGUUUUGAAUUUUGAAUUUUGCUUUUGUUUUCUCUUUCUUUUUUCCCCUUAUGUUUGGUAGUAUCGAUUCUUACUUUUGUCUAUUCUCUCUUGCCUGGGUAUUAUGAUUACAAUACAUUCGGAUGAAUGUUAUAGAGCAGACCAAAAAGUUUGAACGGAAAAGCGUGGGACGGAUAAUUGGGUAUUUGACAGCAUUGUCUGUUUUUGGAGGAAAAUUCUUUGUACCAACCGCAUAUAAUCAACAGAAGUGCGUUUUGUUAUGUUUUUAUGGCACGAUUAGACAUGGAGUUCAACCAAGUUUGCGU